AUGUCUGCUACUACUACUGAGAAGAAAGUUGUGAAAGCCGGGUACUGGUAUUUCGGCGGUUUGGCUAGUGCCAUGGCCGCCGCCGUUACCCAUCCCCUAGACCUAUUAAAGGUUCAUCUCCAAACUCAACAAACCAAGGAGUUUGGUAUGAUCGGUAUGGGAGUCCGAGUUUUUAAAAACGAUGGUAUUUUCGGUCUGUACAACGGUCUUAGUGCCUCCCUACUUCGUCAGCUCACCUAUUCAAUGACCCGAUUCGGUGUCUAUGAGUCCUACAAGAAUUCCGUUGGUCGCAAAAUGACUUUCGCGGAAAGCGGAGGUGUAGCUAUGGUCGCUGGCUUCGUGGGUGGCAUUGUCGGUAACCCAGGUGAUAUGGUUAACGUUCGUAUGCAAAAUGACGUGAAAGUCCCAGCUGCCCAACGUAGGAACUACAAGCACGCUAUUGAUGGUCUUAUUCGUGUUGCCCGCGAGGAAGGAGUUGGUGCACUCUUUAACGGUGUUUCUAUGACAGCCACCAGGGCUAUGUUCAUGACCUUCGGUCAGUUGGCUUUCUACGAUACCUUUAAGACUAUGCUCUUGUCAACUGGACUAUUUCAUGACAAUCCGGUCACCCACUUCUCUGCCUCUAUUGGUGCUGCUGGUGUUGCCACUUGCAUGACUCAACCUUUUGAUGUUAUGAAGACUCGUCUUAUGAAUGCACCACCUGGAAAAUACUCAGGUCUUGCUGCAUGUGGUAUGGACGUCAUGCGUACCGGCCCCCUUGGUUUCUUCAAGGGUCUCGUUCCUGCGUUCAUUCGUUUGGGACCACAGACAGUGCUCACAUUCAUCUUUUUGGAGCAGCUAAAGCAGAACUUUGGCUACAUUCCUGGCGAACCUGCUAAACCCAAGGCAUAA